CUCUCUCAACUCAAGUUCAAGUCUCUAUCUAUCCUAAGAAACAAUGGCAUCAUCAACAUCUUCAACUACAUUCUGCAACCUCAAAUUUCACUCCAAAAUAGUACAAAACAACAACAAUAACAAAAACAAAACCAAUUCUUUCUUUCUUCCUCCUAGUAUUCUAAACAAGAAGCAGGAAGAGGAAGAAAACCACGACACAAACAACAACACCCACCAAAUCAAUCGAAGACAGCUUAUAUUGAGGAGUAGCGAAUUAGCAACCAUUGGUGCCAUCUUCAAUUUCAGUGGGAAGAAGCCUGAAUAUCUUGGAGUUCAAAAAAGCUCACCAGCAUUGGCUUUGUGUCCAGCAACUAAGAAUUGUGUGUCAACCUCUGAGAAUGUCAGUGAUCUCACCCACUAUGCUCCUCCUUGGAACUAUAACCCUGAAGGCAGGAAAAGUCCUGUGAGCAGAGAAGAAGCAAUUGAGGAGCUAAUAGAUGUGAUAGAAUCAACAAAACCAGACAAAUUUACACCAAAAAUAGUUGAAAGGAAAGAAGAUUAUGUUCAUGUGGAGUAUCAAAGCUCAAUCUUAGGGUUCGUAGACGAUGUUGAGUUUUGGUUCCGACCAGGUAAAGGUUCGAUCGUGGAGUAUCGAUCUGCGUCAAGGUUGGGAAACUUUGAUUUUGAUGUGAAUAGGAAAAGAAUCAAGGCACUGCGACAAGAGUUGGAGAAGAAAGGAUGGGCAUCUCAAGAAACUACUAUAUGAGUAAACCUAUGCAAGAUUCAUAUGGGUAUUUAAGCAAAAAAAAUAGCUUAGUAGAUUACAAAGCUCACACAAUUAAUGUAAGAAAACGUUUCUUCAGAUUAUUAGGAUUAUUGAAAUGAUUGAGAACAAUAUUUCUGCUCUUAGGAAGGAAUGAUAUGAAGAUAUCGCCUCAAAUCUUCUCUAACGUCAAACUUCAUGUAUUCUUCUCGAACCCUUUAAUAUACUAGACUAAUCCUAAUAAAUUUGUUAAAGUUGAAAUGUGAAUUUUAAUACUUCAUCCAGUUGCGAAUAUAUUCGAUGGUCUCAAAUAUAAGUAAAUUUAA